AAGCCGAGCUCUGAAAAGCACCCCCCAAAAGUCCAGUAAGUGAAGAGAAACCCGAGCUGAGCCCCUGAUGUACAGUUCCCACUCUGAAUAUGCUAUGAAGACUGAGGAGAAAAAGGUGGUUUGCCCAGGAAAUACCAAGCAGGAUAAUGAAGGGACAACCUGUUACCUGCAAGGAAGACUUGCUGCAUGAGCCAGCUUUUCUGCUCAGCAUUAAGCAGAGUUCCCGAUCCUCUGAGACAGCUGAAGAUGCAAAGGACCAGUGCACAGUGACAGUCAACCCCUCUCACAUGAGAAAAGCGUUCAAGGUCAUGAAUGAAUUGCGAAGCAAACGGCUCCUGUGUGAUGUGGUGAUUGUGGCUGAAACCGUGGAGAUGGAAGCGCACCGCGUGGUGCUUGCGGCCUGCAGCCCUUACUUCUGUGCGAUGUUUACAGGAGACAUGUCUGAAAGUAAAGCCAAGAAGAUUGAGAUUAAAGACGUUGAUGGGCAGACCCUGCGGAAGCUCAUUGACUACAUCUACACUGCUGAGAUUGAGGUCACGGAGGAGAACGUGCAGGUUUUGUUGCCAGCUGCUAGUUUAUUGCAAUUGAUGGAUGUCAGGAAAAACUGCUGUGAUUUUCUUCAGUCCCAGCUGCAUCCCACAAACUGCCUUGGAAUCCGAGCGUUUGCCGAUGUGCACGCGUGCACCGAACUGCUGCAGCAGGCAAAUGCCUAUGCAGAGCAGCACUUCCCUGAGGUGAUGCUGGGAGAAGAAUUUCUUAGCCUUAGUCUGGACCAGGUUUGCAGUUUAAUAUCAAGUGACAAGCUCACAGUCUCCUCUGAAGAAAAGGUAUUUGAAGCAGUUAUUUCCUGGAUAAACUAUGAGAAGGAAUCUCGCUUAGAGCACAUGGCUAAACUGAUGGAACACGUUCGCCUGCCCCUUUUGCCCAGAGAUUAUCUCGUACAGACAGUUGAAGAAGAAGCUUUAAUCAAGAAUAACAAUACCUGUAAAGACUUCCUUAUCGAGGCCAUGAAAUAUCAUUUGCUUCCUCUGGAUCAAAGGCAACUGAUCAAGAAUCCCAGAACAAAGCCGAGGACUCCCGUUAGCCUGCCAAAGGUGAUGAUCGUAGUGGGUGGGCAAGCACCCAAAGCCAUUCGCAGUGUGGAGUGCUAUGAUUUUGAGGAGGAGCGGUGGGAUCAGGUUGCUGAGCUUCCCUCCCGGAGAUGCAGAGCAGGUGUGGUGUUUAUGGCUGGCAAUGUUUAUGCUGUCGGGGGCUUCAAUGGCUCUUUAAGGGUACGGACGGUUGAUGUGUACGAUGGCGUGAAGGACCAGUGGACAUCCAUAGCCAGCAUGCAGGAAAGACGAAGCACCUUAGGCGCAGCUGUGCUCAAUGACCUCCUGUAUGCAGUGGGCGGCUUUGAUGGCAGCACUGGUCUGGCAUCAGUUGAGGCCUAUAGCUAUAAAACCAAUGAGUGGUUUUUUGUGGCUCCCAUGAACACAAGAAGAAGCAGUGUUGGAGUUGGAGUUGUGGAGGGGAAGCUCUAUGCUGUGGGGGGAUAUGAUGGAGCAUCCCGUCAGUGCCUUAGUACCGUCGAGCAGUACAACCCGGCCACCAACGAAUGGACCUACGUAGCUGACAUGAGCACUCGGCGCAGCGGGGCAGGUGUUGGUGUUCUCAGUGGGCUGCUGUAUGCUACCGGAGGGCAUGAUGGUCCCUUAGUAAGGAAGAGUGUGGAAGUCUAUGAUCCAGGAACAAACACGUGGAAGCAAGUAGCAGACAUGAAUAUGUGUAGAAGAAAUGCAGGUGUGUGUGCGGUGAAUGGGCUCCUCUACGUGGUGGGAGGAGAUGAUGGUUCCUGCAAUUUGGCCUCGGUGGAAUACUACAACCCCAUCACGGACAAGUGGACGUUAUUACCAACCAGCAUGAGCACGGGGAGAAGUUAUGCAGGUGUGGCUGUGAUUCACAAACCCUUGUGACACACGAUCAGGCCAGUGCGAGGAGCAGAAGUGAAGUGGAUCCAGCUGGGUGGUGUUGGGAAGACGACUGACCUCUGACUUGACCCAUCUCAUUGCUGUUAACGUCUUAGCAUGACCAGUGAUACGUUCCAAACAUCAUCUGCUCUGCGGUGGAUCACGUAGCAAAGCGAAAAUCCCUCUGGGGACAUGUUCCAUGCUAGACACGAGGUGUUGCUUGUUAUCUGUGGUGCAAUCAACUGUUCUUCUCAAUGGCUAGUGUCCUGAGAUAAACACUGUGCUCGAACUGCAGGCACUGAGUUUCUUGUGUGAAACCAAACUGCUACGGUCGGGCACGUGAGUAAAAACGAACAUUCUGGGUUUCUUCACUACUGAUGCUCCGUGCACAAUAUCUUGUUGAACUGCUUACUGUGUCUGGAGGGUGGACUCUACUACUGGGAGCGGGAGCUUCUGAGUACCAGCUGAGAAAAGCAGUCAGCAGAAAUGAACUGGAACAGGGUGCUCUGGCUUGAGUGUGCCGCUGUCUCAGUCAUACGUUUGUAUAUGCCACUGGACUACUGUAUGUAUCCCUGAAAUGCUUGUCGUGUGGUGGAAAUAAAUACCAUGUGGUUUUUCUA